AUGACUACAGAAUUGAUGGUGACGACAAGAAACCAGUACGAAACUCUUACAAACCGCGUCUUUGACAUAGAUGACAACGCCGACUUAUCUGUACAACUAAUCCACGAAAAAACGAUUAUGCAACAAGAAUCGAACCAUCCCAACAUACACAAUAAAGAGGAAGUGAGAAACGAAAAGAAACGAGGAGAAAAGAAAGUAAAUCCUUCUCAGCAGCAUAGAUCUCCUAGUCCAUCCAACUCGACAGGCCUUAAAAAUGCAGAUUCUAUGAUUAAAGGACUUCGUCCCGACAAGAUUUACAAAUCGGUUAAGCACAAAGCUCAGGUUAAAUCCUUUCCUGGUUCAACAGUUGAAGAUCUAACUGAUUGCAUAAAACCUUCCCUAAAGAGGAAACCUAAAAACAUUAUAGUGCAUGUAGGUACUAACGAUUUGAAAAGAAAAAGUGCUAAAGAUGUUGCAAAGAGCAUUAAUAAGCUAUGUAAAUCUAUCAAGUUGGACCAACCUCAAACAUCAAUCAGUGUUUCCGAAAUCAUCCAUAGAGAAGAUAACCAAGAACGUAAGGAGAAAGCAUUGGCAGUCAAUAAAGAACUGGCCAGGUAUAGUGAACAGAAAAAGUUUUAUCUAAUUAAGAAUGAAAAUAUUGAUGAAAAUAAGCUAAAUUUAUAUGGUCUGCACCUUAAGGUUACAGGACACCCUUUUUGGCGUUUUGCGGAAAAUCGCUACUGCGCGCUCAAUAUCAGUCCGAUUUGAAUCAAAUUUUCACCAAAUGUUCUCCAGUGCAUGCAAAAUAUGGUAAAGUUGUAAAAUUCACAAACAAUAAAAUAAUAUAAGAAUUAUUUAGGAAAAUCGUAAAUCGCGGUACCGUUACGCUUUUGAGUUGUGCUCCUGCUGGUUUUAAGUUAUAUUUAUGAAAAUAUCAUUUUUAUACAGUAAAAUAGUUGUUCUAAAAAAUUUUGUUCGGAAAUUUUUGUUUAUUUCGUCAUUCCGCUGAUAUGGCGAUUUCUUUGACGACUGCAAUAUAUAUCUGAAUUGUUUGAGGGAAUUGCUCUUUAUUAUUAAAAUAUCCAAAAUUAAAACAAAGCCGAAUACUAUUUUGAAACUGACGUCUUUAGCUAUGUCCUGUGAAAAUUUGAGAAAAAUUGGUCAAAACCCGCAGGAGCACAACUCGUUUGAAAAUCAGUAAUUACCGUAAAAUUCUUCGGGAGAAAAUUGAAUUUGAAUAUUACAUUUUCAAUGUUUUUCUUAUUGCAGCGAAAUGUAUUUUAUUAAAUAACUCUGCGAGUUUUCGACAUUUUUCGUUCAAACUUGGUCAGAUAGUAGAACUAGUCUAAUGCUUUCAUGAAAACCAAUAAAAAAAAUUUAGGCAGAAUUAACACUGAAAGGUGUUCUGUAACCUUAAUAAGCAAGGUUCAGCAGCUUUAGCUAAAAACAUUAUUAAUCAUAUAAACUGUCUGAAGUAUCUUUAAUGAUACUGAACAGUUUGCAGAAAAUAAUGUAACAACUUCAAAGGAACUCCCUACAAAAAACACUAGUCAAGUUGUGAAUAAACCAGAUCUGAAAGGCGUCUCGAUAAUGCAUUUAAAUAUUGCAAGUUUGAUCAAACAUAUUGAUCAACUAAGAAUUAAUUUAAUAGAUAAACCUUGCCACAUUCUAAGUGUUAAUGAAACUAGACUAAGUGAUAAUAUAAACGAUGGCUUUGUUAAAAUAGAUGGUUACGAAAUAUUCCGGGCCGAUAAAAACCGAGCAGGUGGUGGAGUUGCUUUAUAUAUUAAAACAGCUAUAAAUGCAAAUUUGAGACAAGAUUUAAUUCCAGAUGGUCUAGAAGCAAUUGGCUUGGAAAUUAAAAGAACAAAAAGCAAGCCACUGUUCGUUAUUAGUUGGUAUAGACCACCAAAUAGUCCGGCUGCGAUUUUCGACAAAUUUGAAGUAAUGAUUCGUAAUCUUGAGGCGGAAGACAAAGAAUAUUUUUGAAUUUUUUUGAAUUUAUUAACAUUUGUCACAAAAUUUACAAUAUUAGCGACAGGAGGAGAAACAGGAUAAAAUCCCAAUUGAUAUCUUCCCCUUACAUGCAGUUAAAAUAUCUAAAACUAUUUAAUGUAUACUAUAAUAUAUAUAAAAAGCAAUAAUGAAAAAUUAUCUAGUACUAAAUUAAGGCGGAGAGUAUGUUAAGAGUUUUUCAUUGUAAAUAGAAGAGAGUUGCCUCCUAAAAAGAGCAACACUCCGAUUACAAGUUUUCAACUCAUGUGGAAGAUUGUUCCAUAAUUUCACUGAUCUUGGAAAAUAUGAAUUUUGAUAGUAACACUGUUUGUGAUUAAAUAAUUCACGAAGGUUAUAACUAUCUGUUCGACGAGUAUUAUAAUGGGGGCAAACAGGCUUGUAUAGACUACCAAAGUCCACAUUAAGUAUCCCACAUUUAUGUUUAUAUAGAAAAAUGAGAUCGGAGAUCUCUCUCCUAAAUUCAAGUGGCAACAGGUGCAAUUUUAACAAUCUGUCCGUGUAGGAGAUAUCUCGGCUGUAGUGAUUUAAGAUGAAUUUAGUUGCUCUCCUUUGAACAUUUUCAAUUAGUGCACGUUCCUUUAUUGUGUACGGAGACCAGAGAUUUGAAGCGUAUUCGAGUUGCGACCUUACCAGAAUAAUAUAUAAUAGCCUCCGGGUCUCUUGAUCUACUAUAUCCUUGCCGCAGACACGUUUAAUAAGACCUAGAGCUCUGUUGUCCUGGUGACUGGUUCUGUUGGCCUGGGCGACUUAAAUUGUAAUUUGCUAGAGGCUGAAAAAAAUGUCCAUAGUAAACGACUCAUAGAUAUCAUGGACAUCUAUCAGCUAGAGCAAAUUAUAACAGAGCCAACCCGAGUCACAAUUGACACGUCAUCACUGAUUGACGUAUUUAUUACAAACAUUUCUCAUAAAGUAAAAUCCAGUGGAGUGAUUCGUCUUGGCAUUAGUGACCACUACAUGAUUUAUGUGUGUACCAAAGACGCAAUCAGUAGACAGCCUCCUAAAAUUGUUGAGACUAGAUCUUUUAAAAACUACAACAAAUUUGCAUUCAGAAGGGAUCUGUUCUAUACACUAAAUUCGUCUAAUAUAGAAGCUGAACUAGACCCAAACAAAAUGUGGGAAAAAUGGAGAAAUGUGUUUACUACUACCGCAGACAAACAUGUUCCAUUAAUAACGCGUAGUGUUAGAAGUCAACACACUUCAUGGCUGACUAGUGAAAUUAAGAAACUGAUGAAUUAUCGAGACUAUUUAAAACAUAAAGCAACCCGCACUAAAUAUCGGUAUUUCUAUGAAGCCUAUAAAAUUGCUCGAAACAAAACCAAUAAAAUAGUACAGAAAGCUAAAUCAAGGCAUUUCCAACAUACCAUAAACAACAAUAGCAACAACCCAAAACAACUAUGGAAAAGUGUCAACCUCAUUCGAGGUAAAGGAUCAAAAACAACUAAUGUAUCCACUCUAAAAAUAGACGAAGAAACUAUAACAGGUGAAAAGAACAUUGCUGAAGCUUUUAACUCUUUUUUCGUCAGUGUGGGUCCGUCGCUUUCGGAAAGUUUACCAGAGUUUCAAAAAAGCUAUUCUGAUUAUGUUCAACAUCCAAUACACAAUACCUUUUCCUUUAGUGAGGUUAGUGAAAAUGACACUCUAAAGUUGCUAUAUGUCCUAUAUGGUUUGAAAGAACUCAAAGGCGGCUGGUCCAGAUAA